GUUAUAACCAUGCCUGAGUAUCUGAAGAAGAGGUUUGGAGGACAGCGUAUUCGCAUCUAUCACUCUGUGUUGUCCCUCCUCCUCUAUGCCUUCACUCAGAUCUCUGCCGACAUUUUCUCCGGCGCCAUUUUCAUCCAACAGGCUCUUGGGUGGAACAUCUAUGUUGCCGUUAUUGCUCUUUUGGCAGUCACUGCAUUGUAUACUGUCACAGGUGGACUGGCGGCAGUGAUAUACACAGACACUUUACAGACAGUCAUAAUGGUUACUGGAUCCUUUGUUCUCAUGGGUUUUGCUUUUAAUGAAGUGGGCGGCUAUGAAAGGUUCCAGGAACUUUACUGGACUGCGAUCCCUUCAGUCACUGGGAAUAUCAGCGCAGAGUGCUACACGCCUCGGAAAGACUCCUUCCAUCUUUUUAGAGAUCCAAUAACUGGAGACAUGCCAUGGCCUGGCCUGGUGUUUGGACUCACAAUCCAGGCCACGUGGUUCUGGUGCACUGAUCAGGUGAUUGUGCAGCGCUGCCUAUCAGCCAAGAAUCUCUCUCAUGUUAAAGCAGGUUGCAUCUUAUGCGGGUACCUGAAGAUACUGCCCAUGUUUCUUAUGGUUCUUCCUGGGAUGAUAAGUAGGAUCCUCUAUCCAGACAUAGUGGCAUGUGUGGACCCAGAUGAAUGUAAAAAGUACUGUGGGACUAGUGUUGGAUGCACCAACAUUGCCUAUCCCAAAAUGGUGGUGGACCUCAUGCCCAAUGGUUUGAGGGGUUUGAUGCUGUCGGUGAUGCUGGCCUCUUUAAUGAGCUCCCUUACCUCAAUAUUCAACAGUGCUAGCACUCUUUUCACCAUGGACAUCUACACUAAGGUUCGACCCACUGCCAAAGAGAGGGAACUGAUGAUCGCUGGCAGGGUGUUUAUCCUCAUAUUAAUUGCUAUAAGCAUUGCCUGGAUUCCUAUGGUGCAGUCAGCCCAGAGUGGACAGCUGUUUGACUACAUCCAGUCGAUCAUCAGCUAUCUGGCUCCACCCAUUGCAGCUGUCUUUUUUCUUGCCCUUUUUUACAAACGUGUCAACGAGCCUGGUGCCUUUUAUGGACUUACCGUUGGCCUGGUAAUAGGACUAUCCAGGAUGAUUACGGAGUUCAUCUAUGGCACAGGAAACUGUGUCAGUCCAAGCAACUGUCCCACAAUUAUAUGCGGCGUACACUACCUGUACUUCGGGAUGAUCCUCUUUACUGUGUCCUGUAUAGUCAUAAUCGGAGUGUCUCUGUUGACCAAACCCAUUCCGGACAAGCAUCUGUAUCGAUUAUGUUGGAGCCUGAGGGACAGUACGGAGGAAAGAGAAGACAUUGAACCAGACGACUGGAUUAAUGAUGAGGAGGAUGAAGAAAACGAAGAUGAACCUGAGGAGGAACCUGGCCUCUGCAAAAAAGCCAUCAUGUGUUUUUGCGGACUGGAGCGGAAAAAAGCCAUAAAACUGACUCCAGAGGAGCAAGCAGCACUUAAAAAGAAGCUCACUGAUACAACAGAAGACCCAUUUUGGAGGAAUAUCGUUAAUAUUAACGCCGUCAUUCUAUUAUGUGUUGCUGUGUUCUUUCAUGGAUACUAUGGUUAG